UACACGCAGAAGAAAGUUUUAUACAGAAUGAGCCCGUGUUGACGUAGGCAUCCCCUCCCCUCCCAUCUGGACAGAAGCCCAGAAGGCAGCGAGAGGGGGGUUGGGGGAAUGCGAAGGUAGGGAUCGCUUGGAUCCCUGUGGUAAGCGUCCCGAGGCGGAGCCGAUCAAGGGCCAGACUAGAGUAUUGGUUCUGGACCCACAAACAGAUCAAGCUUUUCCCUCUUCCGUCACCCUCUUAAAUCCCAAUGAGGUCAUUGCAAUGAGAGAGAAUCAGAUCAAGAGACAAGGGGAGGAAGAGGACGACGACGAGGGAGAAGAAACCCAGACGGAAAAAGGCCAUCAGACAAGGUCGCUUUUUCUGGCGACACAGAAACUGUGCGGAGUGUGGUGCUGAAUCUCAUCUGCCCGCUCAGCCUGGGGACCAAGGGACUCGUAGAAGCACUUUGUGUUACCACGAAAACAAAGGAAAGGAGACGAGAGGGAGAGAGAAGCUCUGAGCAGUUCCGCCUUGGAUCUGGGGAAGCAAAGCUCAUCUACUUGGCAAGGAAAGAAAGGGGAGCCUGAAAGGUUUUGGGAGGCUGAGGAGGGAGCGGGAUUUCCCUGCGGAGAGUUGGGACGCGGCAGAACUCUGGACAGCGCCUCCCGAGCCGGAUUCCAGGCUCGGGGCUCCGGAGCUCCGUGGCUCCUCCAGGGUUCCAGCUCCUUGCUGAAAGCCCUUUCUACCGGUGUGCUCUCCUCUCCUGGACUCCGACCACCGAACCGAACCGGGAAAAUCCUUCUACGAUCACUGUCCGAACGUGCCAGGGGAUGGAGCAACUCUGCCUCUGACCCGGUCAGGGAAGAGGGUCUCCAGUUCUGGAAAUCCAGUCCUUGUGGAUAAUGCUUCGCCGGUGAAGAAAGAAAAGUUUUGGGGUCUGGUAGGGGGCAGAAGGGGUAAGGAGGAUAGUGGAAGAAAGAAGGUGGAUGGUUGGCUUCUCUCUCUGAUCUGGAAGGAAUGAUGACCGAGGAAGGAUGUGCACCAGCGGCCAGAUUAUUGGGAGCCUCUUGGUUCUCUCUGUGCUGGAGAUAGGGCUGGGGGUGUCCAGCGUGGCCGUAGGAGCGGUCAGCUUCAGCCUGGCCCUCCGAGAGCACAAGCCGCAGCUUGGAGACUCGUCCCCGGUAUGGAGCGGGUUUCUUCUUUGUGGCAUAUGUGGAAUAUUGUGCGCCAAAAAAAAAUCUGGACUUGUCUUCCUUCGGGCAGUGACAAAGAAGACCUCUUCCCUCUAUCCCCUGCAUCUCGCGUCCAUGUCUCUUGCGUGCAUUGGGAUCGGGGGCUGCACCCUCUCUUCGUGGCUCACUUGUCGACUAGCCAGCUAUGAACAGAGGAGGAUGUUCUCAGAGAGGGAGCAUUCUCUGCAUCACUCUCAUGAAAUGGCUGAGAAAAGAUUGAGGGCUAUUGAAAUAACCGACUUGCCCAGCUGCCCGGUGGUGCACCCGACACCAGAGUUACCUACAAGGAAAUGACAGACAACAUGAGCAAUGGAGGACCACAGCUGAUAUUUAAUGGAAGAGUAUAAUCAAUAUUUUAAAGAACUGAACACUUUUUAAGAUUUUCACGAGGCAAAGAAAUACCAAAGGACUAGGAGAUAAGUUAAAACAGUUCUUGCAUUUGCUGUUAUCUCUCCUGAGUACUUACUAAAACUAUUCUUCCUCAGUUUUGCCUCACUUUACUUCUUCAGCUUUUUUUUACUGGUGAAAAACUUUCCAGAAAUGUUCUAGUACAGUAAUUUCAACCAACUUUCCAGAUUGUUCUAAAAAAGACUUUUCAGGAAGAAAAAAAGAAGGAAUAGAUAGAAUAGAAAGAUUCAUAUUCUACACAAACACUAUUUGACUAGCAUGAGUGUUAGAUUUGUAAUGACAUAUUUCAUAUAAGUAAUUAAAAAGUGCAAAUAUCAAGAAAUAAUAAUUUAUUGAUGUCUUUGUUCUGAAAGACGAUGGCUUCAAAGAAUGCCACAAUUUAAAACCUCAGCAAUGCCUUGUUAUAAAAUCAUUGUAAUUAUUUUCAAUUUGUGAAUGAACUAUAUUUCAUAAUUUAUUUGUAAAUUACAAAAAAAAAACACCCUAAAACAUAAAAAAGAGGUUUUUUAAGAGAGACAAUAUUAAUCUGUAUGAUAUUUUUGCAUUUUUCCACAGAGUGAAAAGUUAUAAAUGAAUAUGUUUUGAUUAUACUGUGUAAAUUGAUGGGCAUGUUCAUGAAUGAGCCUAAGAAUAAAAUAAAGUAUGUGUGUGUGUAUGUGUGUGUAUAUAUACUGUAAAUAUAGAAAAUAUAUAUAGGACAUAUUUAUAGCAUUCAUGAAUGUAAAUAAGUAGUAGAAAGGAAAUUGUGGUGUUGUGGGGAUAUUGUCAAGAUUCUAUUCCCACAGAAAUGGGAGAGCAAUUGUUCAAGGCUUUUCUAUGCCCACAAAGUCACAUUUAAUUUCUACUAAAUUUUUUCAAUUUUAUUUCUUUAUUAUGUCUGCUGUAUGUAAAUAUCAUUGUGGCUGAUAUUAUGGAGUUAAGUGAUCUGAAUAGUGGAGUAUCAAGAUAGAUUGCUUAAUUAUUUGGCCAUUUUACUAUUAUUAUGAUAUUUAUGUAAGAACAAUUAUUAAUAUUGAUUUAUAAGCAUAACAACUUUAAUUCAAAUACUUUCACAUUUAUAAAUAUAGACAGAAUGACUUGCAAUUAUUCAUGUUAUUUAUAUUUCAAACACUUUACAGCUCAAUUAAAUUAUAUAAAAGGACAGAUGAUGUAUUCCCAAAAGAUGCAGGUACAAUUAGCUUUGUUAGAAUUUAAUUUAGGUUUUUUGGUUUUGUUUUACAAUUCACAUGGAAAAAUACAGACCAUUUUUUAAGAAUGCCUAUAUCCAAAGAACCUGAAAGAGUUCUCUGUAGAAGGAAAUUAAAAGAUAGGCUUAUAUUUACACAGCUAAAUUCAACCCUCUCUUCCAUAACAGAAUGUUAAAAUAGUAAUCUAUGACACUACAUACAGGCGAGAAAAUAGCUUGGUCUUUGAAAAUAUUUGUGAGAAUAUAACUUGUGGCAACAGAUAAAGAAAGUAUAUAUUUUAAAAUAUGUAACUCAUUGUAUUGUGAACUUUUAUUAUUCCGCAAAGCUAAUCAGUUUUCAGGUCAUUUUUUAUGAGUUACUUACUGAACGAUAGGUAAAUUAGCACCUUUAAUAUCCAGUAUGAGAACAUGUUAUAAUUUAGAAGCAAAAUAUAGGUUUUAGUUUUGCUAACAAAAUAAAAAUAAUGCCAGUUAAUGGAAAUCUGAAGGUCUUUUAUAACAACUUGAUCAUCACCUACCCUAUUUAAAUCAGCUUAUAAAAAAUCUGGUUGUAUAUGUUCAAAAGAAAUGACGGGACUGUGGUUGUCUGGUAGUGUUUUUUAAGUCUCCCAACUCGUAUGAAUAACUUCACUAGCCAGCAGAUUUACAGAAGUGGCCCACAAAUGCAGCCUCAAAUAAUAAAUCAACUUCACUUCUGUUUAUUUGAUGCCAUAAAUAGGCAUGAUCUUUGUCACUGAAAAUCUAUACUAUAUAAUGCAGGUAUUUUGUGUGUAUAUGGUUCUCCUGAUUUUAUGCAAGGAUGUAGUUUUGUACUGAAAGAAUAACCACUGACUCUAAUUUUAGGUGGCAUUUCUUUGUAGACAUGUUUGUGCAAUACAGAGUUAUAAUACAUCGGUAAGAUGUUUUAAUUUCUUUUGAAACGAUAUAUAAAAUCACCCAUUAAAGGACAAAAGUAGGCAUAUCACUGCUUAGACAUAGAGUUAAGAAGAGAUGCCAUCAUCACAGUUAUUCCAGUAGUCUACAGUGUAUUUAACCAAGUAUAGAUGUAUCUUUAAUGUAAUUAUUUUAACUCAGUAGUUUCAGGACUCAGUUAUUUAGAGUGAUUUAUUUGGGAUAUGUAGUGAUUCUUUUUGAGAUACGUAGGGGAAGUUAGGAAGACAUUGUUCAAGUACUUAAAAAUUUAAUUUUCAUAAAACAUUGAACUAUGAACUAGAAUAUUUUAAGUGACCACAUUACAGUUUUAGCAUGAGUCCACACUUGGGAGAAAGUAAUGUGAUACUAAAUUAGAAAAAAAUAUGUGAAACUAAUGUGGUGGUGUGCUGUAGAGACUAGCUACAGGAAGGUGCAGUAAUUAUAAGCAUAAAACAAUAAAAGUGGACUCUGCCUGAAAAAUUUUCAUAUGUGUGUGUGUCUCUACACAUACAUAUAUAUAAUAUGAACUGCUUAGAAGUGGGACAUAGUAUGAUGACUCUAUUGAUAUGUCUAUAUAAUAAAUGGUGUUUUGAAACUACAUAUGGUGUGAGCUUUCUUUCCAUCACGAUACAAAAAAUAAUUUCCCCAAUAACUUGAUGAAUAGAUGUGCAGUUCUGAGAUUGGCAGGGGACAGGAUGCUGUGAAUG